UAGAGACAUUUUAGUGGGUUUUUUUUGUAUUAUUAUUUUUUUGUUUGCCAAUACCAGGCGAACGUCCGAAUCGUAGAAAUAAAACGUCCAUUACAAGACGGCUUGUCUGCUUGUAGAGUCUUUGAAUUGUUUUAUUCAUUUAUGGGAGUUCGACAUCCAUUCCUGUUCUGACUUCAUUAGACACUCAUCGUUUCGGCACUUAUGAAUCGGCGAGCAUUAAACAAAUAUCCGAGAGAAGGCGAAGCUGUGUAAUUGGGCGUCAUGAAGGAUAUGCGUGAUAUAGAUGUGGAUGAAAUACUGGUGGCCCUGGGAAGUCGAGGGAAAUACCAAAUGUGGAUGUACUUCUUAUCCACAUUAACGUUUAUUACCGACGCUUUUCAUGAACUUAGUAUAGUCUUUAUAGGUCAAACCAAUCCACAGAAAUGUGCAGCCCCACCUGAUCUACCCGCCAACCAAACAGAUAAGAUAUUUGAUAAAUGUUCUAUUUUAAGUCAGAAUCAAACUAACGCCUCUUCCUGUAUCUAUGGUUACCAGUAUGAAUAUCCCCCGGAUUUUUCCUUUGUCUCUGACUUUGAUUUAGUAUGUGGUCAAGCAGCUCUCAGAGAUUUAUCUCAGACUCUGCUAAAUCUUGGUAUGGCAGUUGGAGCGUCAACCCUGACGUUAGCAUCUGAUAAAUAUGGUAGGAAACCUGUAUGUGUAUUGAGUCAUCUGGGAUGUCUUGCUACAGGUAUUGGUGCUUCGUUUGCUCCAAACUAUGCUGUGUUCAUGGCGAUGAGAUUUUUGGAUGGAAUAUUCCAACAGGGAAGUGUAUUAACUGCAGUAACCUACGCCAUUGAAUUAUUUCCUAAAGAGAAGCGACGAUAUAUUGGAUUCUAUGGUCAGGUGACUUGGAGUAUAUAUGUUAUGUGCAUAGCACCUAUUGCUUAUUUUACUCGUAUGUACACCUGGAGAACCGUCUCCCUAGUUUUAGUCAGCUUUUCUCUAUAUUCUCUAAUACAAUAUUGGAUAACAGACGAAUCUAUAAGAUGGCUGGUGGCCAACAACAGAUUGGAAGAAACGGUCAAGGUGGUUAAGAGAGCCGCGAGAAUUAACGGUGUUAAUGUUAAAGAACCACUGAAGUUAAUCUACCAGAACGAGUUGUUACCUGUUGAUUCUGAUAAACCAACCGAUAAACUACUGGCUAAAACAUUAGAUUCUGGUGAAGACGGGAAGGGACAGGAGAAAACGUUAGACGCUGCAUUGGGGACCCAAGCCGUUCAUGUAGAAAAAUACACACUAUUAGAUAUAUUUAAAAAUAAACGUCUGACAAUAACCUUGAUUAUAAUAUGGUUCGCGUGGUUUACAAACAGUCUGACAUAUUAUGGUAUUUUCCUCACAUCUUCAAGCCUGGCUGGUAAUAUAUAUCUGAAUUUCUUCCUAAAUGCCCUGGUAGAACUUCCCACUGCAUUUAUAUACUGGUUCACUAUUGACAGAUUUGGGAGAAAAAAGACGGCAAUUUCCUUUCAUGGAGUCGCUGCAUUUGGUCUAAUAGGUGCUACAAUACUUAGAAUGUACGGUGAUAAUAACGAGGCUAUUUCAAUAUCGGCCACCAUAUUUUCGUUGAUUGGUAAAUUGGGUAUUUCCGGGUCUUUUAAUGUUAUAUUUGUCUACACACCAGAAGUCUUCCCCACGAAUGUCAGAAAUAUAUCAUUUGGAACAGCCUCUACUGUUGCCAGGAUCGGUGGAAUGUUAGCACCAUUUUCUAAUCUUUUGGCUGAAAGUGUACCAUGGGCACCCGGGGCUAUAUUUGGAACAUGCUGUUUAAUCGUGACAAUUACCAUUUUAUAUUUACCAGAAACGAUGGGCAAGGAAUUACCUCUAACCAUGGAUGACGUUAAUGAACUUUAUGACUAAUUAAAGACAGUGGUGACUAUGGGUGAUUUUAAUAAACAGUUGGAAUUCUAAAUAAGAGUAGGAAAAUACGCUGUUUUCUGGGCAAAAUGUUUCUCAUGGCACCAUGUAUGGCAAACACCCGUCUUCAUUAGCCCAACCAUUGCAGAUAUAUAGGACAUAAACCCCAAUUCAUUUUAUUUUCACAUCAAAUUUGAACAAAAACCCGUUAAGGACUUUAGCCUCUAUCUUGUUCACAGUCUUUUCGGAAAAAGGAGACUCUAGAACAUUAAAUUUGAAAUAAAUAAUACGGGUGAAUAAAAAAAUCUUAAGCAUGAAUAAAGGGGUUGUUUUUAUGUAUCUGAUUGUUAUUUUCUAAUAUAAGUAAU